CCCGCAUCCGUCAAAUGGCAGUGAUGUAACCAACAUCGGGAGUGCAUGUUACCUCCGUGCAUCAGCUCCUUGAGGCUGCACGCUAAUGCCCGUUGCCAAGUGGCGUCUAGAUGUCAGGAAAGACCCGUCGAAGUAGAGAGAGGCUGUUGCCAUUCUCCAUUUAUACCGCGUCUAUUCUUUCCGGCUUGCCUGCUGCCGCGCCCACUUCCCAAGCACAUGUCGUGUGGCAUUCUGGAUGCUUGCCGAGCCGCCCCAUAACGCAUGGAACGGGAUUUAUACUGUUCGAAGCGCGUUCCGAUUGAAUGAAAUUUCCCGUUCUUGGACAUCAUGACCUCUGCGCCUUCGCCGCACGACCGGAUGCUCGAUUUAGAUGCACUGGAGUCGGAAUCCCAACCAACAUUCGUUAUUAAGACGUCAGACCAGGCAAUCCCGUUUGAACUUCUCUUCUGCAAUGACGCGUUCCGUCGAGCAUCACUGCAGAACACUAUCUUAGGUUCCUUCAAGGAGGCAACUCUGUUCCGUGCUUGGGCUUUAGCAAUUCGGCUCUGGGAACCCCAGCAUGCAUUUGCUAAUCGCACUUGGACCGCAACCAAAGCCGGCGCAAAGAAGAAUUGGAAGAUUGUGAGAGCGGUCGAAAAGCCUCAUUCUGAUCAGAAUCGUAUGACUGAUGCGGAUAACCCUGUUGCGGAUAUCCGAGCAGACAAGGUCACCCCCCACAGAAGCCGAAAGGAUUUUCCGGUGUGGACGCUUAACAAGAGGCCACGGAUUCCUCUGCGAGGUUUCCCCACAUCCAACGUUGUUGCCCGUUGGGAGUCGAUGCAGACCAUGAUGGAGAUGACUGACGUUGGUGUGUUCGAAUACUUGCCAAAUGGGAAGCUCAUACAUGCAAAUGACGCAUGGUAUCGACUUAGUAACCACCCCAGAGACUUACCAGACCAUGUGGAAUUUUCCUUCAUGGACUUGGCUCAUCCAGAUGAUCAAGCACUCAUUAUGUCUGCGUGGAACACCUUAGUCCAGGGCAAUUGUGUCACAUUUGAAAUGAGAUGGAAAGCUAAGCCUGGUUCUGAAGAUGACGCGCAAUGGGUUCUUUCAGCAUGUGUGCCGGUGUUUAAUGAGGAUCAGGACCUUGUGAGCAUAGCGGGCAACACCAUUGACAUAAAUGGGCAGAAGAAACUGCAAGAAGUCCAACGCCGUCAAAUCGACGAAGCUUUGGAAGCCAAACGACAGCAGGAAAACUUCAUCGACAUGACAAGCCACGAGCUCCGAAAUCCACUCUCUGCCGUUGUACAAUGUGCGGACUCCGUCAUCUCCACGUUGCAGCACAUAAUACCAAAAGAACUUGACUCGAUAGACUCCAAAACACAAAUUCAGAGAGUGGAACAGGAAAUCGCUACCUGCAUCGAUAAUCUUCAGACAAUUGUUUCCUGCAGCCUGCAUCAGAAGCGGGUUAUUGAUGACGUUCUCACACUCUCCAAGCUUGACUCGAACCUCUUACGAAUCAGUCCCAUGCUGGUCCAACCUUCUUCCGUAGUGUCUGGGGCAAUGAAAAUGUUCGAAGUCGAGUGUUCGCAAAUGCAGAUCAGCCUUGAAUUCGAGGAAGACGAGAGCUUGAAUUGUUUCGAGUGGGUGAUGCUGGACCCAUCGAGAAUGCUCCAGGUUUUAAUAAAUCUUCUCACCAACGCGAUCAAGUUCUCGAAAGACCGUCUGCUUCGUAAUAUCAAAGUCACAUUGGGAGGAUCAUGGACGCAGACUUUCAUCGAAGACGGCAGUAUCACUUUUGCGAAGGACAUUCAGCCCCAAUACAAUAUCUGCGACAAGGAAGAAUGGGGGAAGGGGCGCAAAGGCUUUAUAUGGAUCCGAGUUGACGAUACUGGUUGUGGAAUGACCGAUGACGAGCAAGCAAAGCUUUUCUCCCGGUUUACGCAGGCAACCCCUCGAACGCAUGUCAAAUAUGGCGGCUCCGGCCUUGGUCUUUUCAUAUCAAAAUCGCUCACAGCGCUUCAGGGAGGUUCGGUAGGGGUCAAGUCCACAGCUGAUGUCGGUUCUACUUUCCUGUUCUACGUCAGCACGCGAGUUCCAGAGUCUCCCAACCAUACCCAACACCACAAGCUUCAACAACCGACGCUUCCACAUGCGCUAUCUGCGGAAGAAGGCAUGAAGAAUGCAAAGUUAAACAUCCUCAUGGUCGAAGACAACCUCGUCAACCAAAGGGUUCUAAGUAAACAACUACAAAAAGCGGGCUGCAUUGUCUACGUUGCCGGAAAUGGAGUCGAGGCCCUCGAAUUACUCAAAAAGAGUGUCCACUGGCAGGGUGAAAAGAAUCAAGAUGGCAAUGGAACGACCCCAGUAUGGGAUAUCGAUAUUGUUCUGAUGGAUAUCGAAAUGCCUGUCAUGGACGGGUUGACUUGUGCUAGCGAAAUCCGGCGCCUAGAGUCAGAAGGCAUGCUUGCAAUCUCUUCUGCCAGCUGCCCGCUAACGACCCAAUCGACAUCUUGUUUAGCGUCGCGCCUCACUUCCUUUCAUGACUUGACCAGCAAUGUGCGAUCAGAUGUUUAUCAAUAUCGAAGACAUCUACCGAUCCUAGCAGUCAGCGCCAAUGCCAGGGGUGAACAAGUGGCGCAAGCACUAGCUGCGGGAAUGGACGAUGCGAUUAGUAAACCAUUCAGAAUUCCCGAAUUAUGGCCUAAGAUGCGCGGAUUGGUGCCACGCUGCGCGUAAAGGAUGAGUUGUGACACCUUCUCGUCUGGAAAAAGCAGAU